GGAAACAGGCCUCCAGGUCCUGGCCUCUGGUGCACCAUGGCCACGCUGAGUGUCAAGCCGAGUCAGCGCUUCCAGCUGCCUGAUUGGCACUCCAACAGCUACCUGCUGUCCACCAACGCUGAGCGGCAGCGAGAUGCUUCCCACCAAAUCCGCCAAGAGGCCUGCAUCCUUCGCAAUGAGACCAACAACCAGACCAUUUGGGAUGAGCAUGACAACAGGACUCGACUGGCCGAGAGGAUCGAUACUGUCAACCGCUGGAAAGAAAUGCUGGACAAGUGUCUUACUGACCUGGAUGCUGAGAUUGACGCCCUGACACAGGUGAAGGACUCAGCAGAGCAAAACCUGCAGGCCAAGAACCUGCCUCUGGAUGUGGCCAUCGAGUGCCUGACCCUGCGGGAGAGUCGGCGAGAUAUUGAUGUGGUGCAGGACCCUGUGGAGAAGGAGCUGCACAAAGAGGUGGAAGUCAUUGAAGCCACCAAGAAGGCCUUACAACAGAAAAUCAGCCAGGCCUUUGAGCAGCUCUGCCUCCUGCAGGAAGUCCGGCAGCAACUCAACUCUGACCAUCGGGGCAAAAUGGAGACCCUGGAGAUUGACAGAGGCUGUCUUUCUCUCAACAUCAUGUCCCCAAACAUCUCUCUGAAGGUCAACCCCACACGUGUCCCUGAUGGCUCCACCACACUUCAGCAGUGGGAUGACUUCAGUCAGUUCAACAAAAACCGAGCAGAGGCUGAGAUGAAAGCAGCCACCGAGCUGAGGGAGGCCAUAGCCCUAACUAUUGCUGAGACCAAAAACGAACUCGAAGCCCAGAGGGUGGCCACAGAAUUUGCCUUCAGGAAGCGACUGCGGGAGAUGGAGAGUGUGUACAGUGAGCUCAAGUGGCAGGAGAAGAACACCUUGGAGGAAAUCGCCGAGCUGGAGGAGGACAUCCGGCACCUGGAGGAGGAUCUGCACAGGAAGUUGCUGAACCUGAAACUGUGCCAUACUCGGCUAGAGUCUAGAACCUACCGGCCCAAUGUGGAGCUCUGCAGAGACCAGGCACAGUAUGGCCUCAUUGACGAGGUUCACCAGUUAGAGGCAACUAUUGCUGCCUUGAAGCAGAAGCUGGCACAAGCACAGGAUGCUCUGGAUGCCCUGUACAAGCAUCUGGCCAGGCUGCAGGCUGACAUUGCCUGUAAGGCCAACUCUAUGCUGUUGGACACUAAGUGCAUGGACACGCGCCGCAAGCUGACCGUGCCGGCUGAGAAGUUUGUGCCCCAGGUGGAUACCUUCACCCGAACCUCAAACCGCACCCUGAGCCCACUGAAGAGCUGCCAGCUGGAGUUGGCCUAGCGGAGGGGAGCUGAGGGAGGGGUGGAGCGAUGGGAGAGGAAGGGAGAGGGGUUGGGGAGGUGAUGAACCUAAUAAAUGUAGAGGUUCU